AUGUCUUCGAAUUUGUUUGUGGUCAAACAUGAAUACCCCGAGCAAGCAGAUUUCGAAAUCUUUUCAUCGUUUCGCUAUGACCCCAACCUUCCAAGUGUGGCCCUACAACACCCAGAGAAAUGCCCCGAACCAUUGGACUCGCCCUACUACCUCCUGGCCUACCACCAAGACCGAAUCAUAGCCGCUGCACGCCACUUUGGCUGGAGAGAUGUAUUUGACAAUGGGCCAGUAUGGAUGAACGGAGAGGUGAAAAAUCUAGACAGAUUCUUGAGUUGGCGGGUGCCAGACAAAUCUCGGCCCUGGCGGUUGAAGCUUGUUCUACAACGCAAUGGCCAUGCGUAUUGCGAGUUUUCAGAAACUGGUCCUAUGGACCCACUCAAUUUCAUGACUCCGAAUCUACACACAAGUCCAGACUCGCCUGUUUGGCGGGUGUUCGUCGACAUGGAGCGUACAGAGCCAUCUGGCUUUACGACACACAAGACCACUUCCCGAGAGAACUACACGCUUGCUCAGUCCCGGGCCCAUAUUACCCCCGGAGUGAAGACAGAAGAGGUGCUUAUGGUGAACUUGGAUGGCGAGAUCAUGGAAGGGACUAUCACUACUCCGUACUUCCGGCGCGGAGAUGCUUGGGUCACCCCGCCACUUACCUCCGGUGGCAAUGCGGGCACAACAAGAAGGUACGCAUUGGAACAAGGGUUCUGUGUUGAACAGGUGGUCAAUGCCUCGGAGCUUGUGGACGGCGAAGAGUGUUGGCUAAGCAAUGGAGUACGAGGUUUCAUGCGUGGUAGUAUCUCUCUGAGUUCACCAAUGCAAUGA